AUGUCUUCUGACAGAUUUGAACACCUUUUGUCAUUAAUCGGACCUUUAAUAAUAAAAAAGUAUUGUCCCAGUAAAGAGUCUAUAUGCCCAUCGCAGCGAUUAAUAGUUACACUUCGAUAUCUAGCUACAGGAGAAUCACAACAAACUCAGUCGUUUUAUUUUCGUGUUGGCAGAGCUACAGUAUGUAAUAUAAUUGAAGAAACAUGUUGUGCUAUAUGGGAAGUUCUAAUAAAAAUAUUUCUAAGAGCCCCUAACGACAUACAAGAGUGGCAAAAUAUUUCUAAAGAAUUUAAUCAGAAUUUGAACUUUCCACAAUGUAUAAGAGCUAUUGAUAGAAAGCACGUACGCAUUGAGGCUCCUGCAAAAUCUGGUUUUUCUUUUUACAAUUAUAAAGGAUUUUACUGCAUGAUUUUAUUAGCCAUCUGUGAUGCUAAAUAUUGUUUUACAAUGGUUGACAAAGGGGGUUAUGGAAGGGAUAAUGAUGCUUCUAUUUAA